AUGCGUCAACAGCUCAGCCCAUUGAAUGACGGAAUGGAUACGUGCGUUUCCUUGUUUGCACAUACAUACAUAUACAUGGAGAUCCGCGAGGUUGGUGGUGGAGGAAUGGCUGGGUUGACAGUUGUUGCACGUCUGGGUCUUGGGUUGGAACUGGUUGGCUACCGUACCACGGCGUUAGAGAUGUUCCGCUCACCCGCCCUUUCCGCCACGCAAUCAUUGCCUGCACUUGCACCGCACCGCCCAACCCACGUGACAUACUACCACCACAUCCACGCGCUAUCCGGCAUGCAUUUUUGUAACCGGCAUCCCCAUACUUCUCUGACCAUUCAGCCAUGUCAAGCCUUGCCCAGCGCCCUGCUGAGACUGGCAUGUUGUCAUCUGCUACAACAAAUGGCAGAUGUCAUUGGUUUCGGCCUUGUCUUUUAUUAG